CAUGAGGGGGAGAGGAGCUAAGGAAUAUGCAGAAAGCAGGGCUCCAGUGUCCCAUAAUUUAGUUCGUAGGACAGGUUGCGGGUUAAAUGAUCAGUGUCAGUUUGUGGACGGUACAGGGUGCCUGCAUUUAAGAGCUGAAGUUUCCAUCCAGUAAGAGUUGACUUGCAUGGUGAAGAUGCAUGUCCAUGGGUGGCUUCUUUGCAUAUUCAGCUUUCACACCUGGGUUAGGUACUCACAGCAGUGCAGGUUCCACAUGUGUCUCAUGGAAACAGGACUGCUGGGUGGAAGCUCAAAGAGCCGGGUCAAAGAGCUUAUUCGUCACAGUGUGGGACACCAGGACACACCUCACAGAACCAGGCCACAUCGGAAAAAAGGUACCAGAGUUCUGACAGAGGAGAUAGAACCACGUAUUGUCCACCACCCUUCUGAUGUGGUGGUGAAAUUGGGCAACCCUGCCGCUCUCUCCUGCCGGGUGGAUGGCACCCCGAAGCCGACCAUCGAGUGGCUGCGGAAUGGUCAGCCCCUGGAGACGGAGAAGGGAGACGGCCAAGUCCAACCCAUGGUUCUGUCAGAGGGGAGCCUCUUCUUUCUAAACGUAGGAGGGGGCAGGCUUGGCCAGUCCCAUGAGGGCGUCUAUGCCUGCAUUGCCAGAAACAGUGCCGGCAAGGCCAUCAGCCGCAACGCUUCACUGUAUAUUGCAGAUCUGAAAGAAGAGUUCAACGCACAACCCAGUGAUGUGGAGGUGGCAGAAGGAGAGGUUGCUGUGAUAAACUGUGAUCCACCACUGGGACACCCAGAACCUAAUGUCAUCUGGAAGAAGGAUGGUGUGCCCAUCAACAACACUGACCACCACUACACUAAGCUGACUGGGAAGCUGAUCAUUGAGCCUGCGGAGAAGAGCCAUUCUGGGUCUUAUGUCUGCGUGGCCAGGAACAUUAUGGGAGAGAGACAUAGCCGGGCGGCUCGGCUCUCCGUCCUGGCUAAGCCUGUAUUAGUGCUUAAGCCAGAAAAUGUUUCUGUGAGGACGGGAGAGUCUGCCCACUUCUACUGCCAAGCUAAAGGUGACCCUACUCCUACUUUGGUGUGGAGCAGAGAGCGAGGGCCACUUCCUAAUGGCAGGUAUCUCAUAAACCCAGACCAGACACUGCAGCUCCAUUAUGUGACGGAGCAGGAUGCUGGGAGGUACACCUGCACUGCUGCUAAUCAUGUUGGUGUUGUCACUGCCACUGCACAACUUCUAGUGGAAGAAGCUCCCAGCACUGAACAGAAAGACUUACACAGAGAGCUGUCAGCCUUACGAGUGCUUCUGGAAAAUGUCACCAUCAUUGCCUCUGGGUCCAACAUAUCCCUGGUACAAUGGAAGCUUCAGUCCUACCCAGCUCAGCCCCAUUACCUUGAUGGCUUUGAGGUUCUCUAUCGCUCCCUGGUGCCUGCCAACUCAGACUGGGCAGCAAAAAAGGUUUCACUGCCAAGCUUCCAGGCUCAGGUCGGUCCCCUGAAGAGGGGCUACAAGUAUGAGUUCAAGGUUCGCCCUUAUGGCAGCAACUUGUAUGGAAGGGAGAGCAACACACGGCAUCUCAGAGUCCCAGAGAGAGUGCCAGGUGCCCCCCCACAGGCUGUGUUCAUAAUGGUGAACCACGAGCAGAAUAACAGCAUCCAUUUGAGUUGGGAACCUCCUCCUCAUGACAGCCACAAUGGUGUCAUACAGGGCUACCAGGUGUGGUGUGUGGAGUCUAAUGAGCAGCAGUAUCAGAACUGGACGGUGGACAGUGGCAAACACAGCCUGGAUAUUUCCCAACUGAAACCAGAAAAACAGUACUGGAUCACCAUGGCAGCAGUGAACGGUGCCGGAGUGGGCACGCUCAGUGACCCUCAUGGAUUUGUCAUCAACCCACAGUUAGGAGGCCCAUCAAAGUCAGAAAGCAACAAACAGGAUGUGUCCCCUGUGCUGGCCCUGCUCCAGGACCCAGUGUUGAUUGGCAGCAUUGGUGCCCUCUUGUGGUGUAUUCUGAUGAUUGCAGCUGUUUUCCUGUUUAGACGCCACAGCAGCGCAGGUCACCUCUUACCUCACCAUGGCAAGGCUAAAGGUCUGCGCAGAUUGGCCAGUGAAGAUCUCAUCAUCAAACACAGGAUGGCCACACCAGAUUCCCCAUGGACCUCUGGAAGCUGGAGACCUCCCUUUAACCAGAAAUAUCAGGACUUAUGGGCCCAGGGUCACUCACAUCCUGGAAUCAGGAGCACCAGUCUCCCAGUCUCAUCCAAGCAGGACAGCAGAAUCCUGGAUUCAGCUGUACCUGUUGUGUCAGACAGCUAUGGAGUCUAUGGAACAUUUUAUGUGGACCUCACGGGCAGUGGCCUGAAGACCUUCAACAGUCCUGGACGCUGCACUAAAAUGCCUCAUGGUUUGCCUCAUCAGCAAGCAGCUGAGACGAUCCAGAUCUUCUCUCAGCCUAACUCCAAAUCCUCCUCCCUGAGCAGCCAGGAAGCUCUGCCUUGGAAACAGGCCAUACGUCCUCAGCCCAAGAUGGGCGUGCUGAGGGAAUCAUGGGAAAAGAGAAACAAUGGAAAACAAGAGCUGCAUGCAGUGAACAGCGUACCUGUACUUUCAUCCAGAAACCAGGCCUGUCCCUCCAGAUUCUACAAACAGAGACUGAGUCAUGUACCAUCAGGACAGCAUGGUGGAGCUCCAGAGUGUGGUGAAGGUGCUGCCAGAUCUCACUUGCUGCAUUACUCUGCCUCUCUGCACUUAGUGGACCUGCUGCCCCCUCCACCACUGAUGGACACAGAUGACCCCACCGAUAGAAACACCCUGUCCUCAGACGAUGGUUCCAGUCACUCCACAAAGCUUACUGAGGACUUGGACUCCAUUCCAUCAAUAAGUCCUCCAUCAGGCAACCCUGGAAUCCACUGCGACCCCUACAGCCACCUUUCCACUGCAUCAUAUUCAACUUUAACGGAUAAUGAUCAGAGUCCUUCUCUGACAGCACAAGAAGCCACUGAGUACCUGGAGAUCAGUCCUAAACCUGAGAGAUACUGCAUCCUCCCAGAGCAACGUCCCUCCCUGCCCCACAGCUUCAUCUCCACCCUGGGCAGUAUCUGUGGGCCCGUUUGCUCCACUGAGCUGGAGGAUGACACUGCUGCUGCAGAACCUCAGCCUUUACCAACCACGCUGCACCAUUCCCACCUUCAGAGCUCACCAUCCUCCUGCUACAGUGACUGGGACAGCUCCCUGUGGAACACCUGGAGUUCGGCCAUGGACAGCAACUUGGACAGUAACCGCACCAGUCUCAUCAGCUCAGUGGACAGCUGCUACACCAAUGACAGCGCUACGUUUGCUCACCUGCUAGCUGUGGCUGCAGAGACUAUGAGUGGAGCCUCUUUGACAGACUUCUCUCCACCGGCCUCCCCGCUCAGCGCCUUGUACCCAUCGUACCGUUCAGACCGCGAUGGCUUCAGAGAGCUGGAGCCCAUGUCUGCGUGGGACUGGAGGAUGGCCUGGAUGGAGGAUAUGGACGCCCAGUACAGAGCCCACUAUCUCAACAGAAGUACAAAAGCCUUGAAUACUUAGAGUGAAUACUUAGAGGCUCUGCAGUGACGGUGACAGUAACAACACAGGGAAACUCUACACCACAACUGGCUUCUUCCUUCAAAAGAACGCAGAGCAGACUGACCUGACACUGCAAUUUUGAGCAUUUUUCCAACCUGGUUUUGAAGCUUAAUUAAAGGCAUUCAAUGAUCUCUCCAUGGGAGAUGUACAUUUCACGCUGUUUGUAAUAGUUUCCCUCUUUACCUCAGGGCACUUCAGCGACUACUUUGAAUUUUUGAAAUGACUUUUAUAGAGCUGUCAAAGUUUUUUUAUUUGACUCAUUUCCUUGAAAAACAGCAUAAUGAGAUGUUUCCCUCGGGAUGUUCUCUCCCCGUUUGUUUGGAAAAGUCCAGAAAGAUGUGAUGAAAACAGGGUGAGAGACAGGGAGACAGGAGUCUUUAAAAAACAUUUUUUUGUCUUCUUGUAUUUGUUACAGGUUUUUAUUACAACUGAGGUUCGAACCAAUUAUAGCAUUUUGGUUUUGUUGUGAAUUAAUGUUAUAUAUGCAGCUUAUUCAGCCAACGUUUUAAUGACUUUUAAACAUGAUCCAAAUCAUUCCUGUUUUCUUCAGCACUUCUCUGUAUGCUGGUAACUAGGAAUGUCCUGAUUUUUGCCAGUAAGACCAAUCCAAGUCAUUUAAAAAUAGGUUUCUGCAGAUUUCGAAUAACAUUGCAGUACUUCAUUAAGGUUAUUGAAAUAAAUUAUCUGUAUAUGUUGCAGUGCGUUAAGAACAUCCUACAUGUUAUCAGGAUUACUCUUAUUCACCCACCAAUGACGUUCUGGAUGCUGUCACUGCUCUUUUCUCCACAAUCAUCUACUAUCUCUUUUAUUCCAGCAGGAGGUUCAGUAGGUCAGCUGUAAUAUUCUGCUCCAACAUGAUGGAAUUCUCCAUGUUUUAGGUCACACAUUGUCUGAAUAAAAUAGUUACAUUAUUACCUAAAACAUGCAGAGUUUCAGUUUGUUUCUGAAGAUGUGCUUGACUCGGCACAUCCAGCCAGUGCAGCUCCUGCAGACAGUUUUUACACCGGGAGCCAUUUGCUGCUGUGCUAGGCUAAUGUUAGCAUGUUUACUCCUUGUUUUUUAUGUGACUCAUUGAUAACUGGGCUUGUAACAUAUUUCAGUGCUGUUCCAGUUAAUCUUGUGUGGACGAGUGGAAAGGGCUUAGAUUCUAAAUAGAACAUCCUCAUUUAUUCAAUUAAAUGUGUAAAAACUAUUUUCCGUGAAAGAAAACAAGCUAUAACUGUAAAAAUUGGAUGCACAAACUGCCAUGCAGUCUCACUGGAGUUGCGGAUGACAUCUUUACAGACAGUAGGCCAAUAUCAGGUCUCAGAACCUGAGGUUUGUCUGGCAGUUCUGAUACUGAUCACUACAAAAUGCUGUGGUGUGAGUUUAUCGGGACAUCACUACUGGUAAAUACAUUUUUUAAGCUUAUAUAAAGUUUAUGUUAUUCUAAAGUUCUUAUUUGCCUUACUAGAGAUAUACAUAUUUAAAUCGUGAUGAAGAUUUUAACUUUAAAUAACUGCAAUUUGAUGUAUUUCAUGUAUUUAGAAUUAGAGCUUUGGUGAGCUUAGUUUUUAUACCUAUACAAAUAUUUUACUAAUUUUAGCAGACUUUAGCGUUUAAAAAAAUCUGCUUUGUAUUCUAUCCUUUUUGCAAUAAAAUGUGGUUUUAUAAUAUGAAAUAAAAUUUGAAAAAUACA